AUGGCUGCUCCCGCCAUACAUCAGCGCUCCUGCAAGGGCGAGGACCGGGCGAUGCACCUCACCGCCCUUGUUGGCGGCGAGACCGUCUGUCUCCUCGCCGUUGCAGACGGUCACGGCGGCCCUGAGGCGGCGCAGCUGUGCGAGGACACCUUACUGCAGACCAUCGUCAAAGAGGCGGGUGCCGCCGACGCCGCCUCGCUGCAGGCGGCGUGCUCCCGCGCCUUUGCGACGGUGCACGCAGCGGUGUGCGAGAGAGAGAGCGCCGAUGCUGGCGCGUGUGUGACGGUGGUGGCGAUCAACGAAGGUCGAGGCGAGGUGACGUGCGCACACGUGGGCGACUCGUCCGCCCUCCUCGUCGAGGAAUCGGGACAUCGACCCCUGACCGCCGAGCACCGGCUGAGCAACAGCCCCGAGGAGCAGGCGCGCGUCGUCGCCUGCGGCGCCCGGCUCGCCAAGGCGCGGAGCGACGACGGCUACUUUGGGGUGGGGCCCAUCCGCGCCUGGCCCGGCGGCCUCGCCGUCUGCCGUACCGUCGGCGACGCUGACUGCGCCUACGUCGACCCCACGCCGGUCGUGUGCACUCUCGCAUUCGAGCGGCCGGGCGGCGCAAAGGUCAUCGCCUGCUCGGAUGGCGUCUGGGAUGCCCUCUCGGAAGAGCGCGUGGCGAAGCACGUCCGCGCCGCCGCCACGCCCGCCGAUGCGGCCGUCAAAGUCGUGCGUGCCGCGAUCAGGGCGCGCGGGCUUCGCGACGACACGACCAGCGUCGUGGCGUGGGCGGGGGAGCCGUCAUGGGGAAGCAGGCGCCGCAGCCCGAAGCCACGGCGGGGGUCGUCGCGCCACCUCGCCAGCCUGCUCUCAUCGAGCUUGGCGAGCAGCCCCUGCGCCGCCCUGGGGAUGGAGGGAGCACCGCCUUCGGUCGAGGCGGGCAACCACGCCUCCGACUGCUCCGAAUCGCCGACUCCGCCUGCGUCCGACAUCGGGUCGAUCGACUAUUCGCCUUCCCACGGCGCCCCCCACCUGCCGCCCGCCGCCUCCGCCUCCGCCUUGGACGGCUUCACCCUCCUCACCGUCGACACGAGCGCGCCCGGCGUCGCGAGCCCGCUGGAGGCGGGCGCGGCUGAGUCGCUAGAGAGCGGCGCGUCCUCCCGCGAGCAGGCGGGCCCGCACGCGGCUGCGUGCUCAUGCGUUACCGCCGCAAUCGAGCAGCCGAAGUGCAAACGCAUUGAACACCCCUUCAUCAUGCUGUCCCAGUUUGCUCUCGCGGCGUCGGGUGCUUUCCCCGUCACCUACACUAACUGCGGCGUCGAGAAGACACUUCAGACGACCCCGGAGAAGGUCGUGACCAUGAACCAGGGCUCGCUCAAGUUCAUGCUCUCCAUGGGCCUCCAGGACCGCAUCGUCGGCACACGCGGCGUCACCUCCGUCCUCGACCCGAUCUGGCCCAAGUACAAAGACGCGUACAACAGCGUCCCGGUCAUGAGCGGCGCGGAUGGGAAAUCGUACCCGAGCGACGCGGAGGUGCUCGCCGCGAACGCGGACUACAUCUUUGCGGACUGGAGCAGCGCCUUCUCCGAGUACGCGUGGAACAACGACACGUUGCGGCAGUGGGCGUCUGUGGGCGAAUGCGGCGGACGAGAUCGAGAGCUGGUGCCGCCCCAGCUGCACGACAAAGGCAUCGGCACCUUCCUCUCGGCCGUCUCGUGCGAGGACAAGACCCUGCGGGCGCCGCCGAUUCCAGACACCCUGUACGACACAAUCAAGACCAUGGGCGAGAUUUUCAACGUGCCGACCGUGGCCAGCCAGCUCGUCAAGGAGAUCGAGGCGGACUUCGUCAUCGCCCAACAGACGCUGCAGAAGGCCGCCGGCCACUCUCUCACCGCGGUCUGGCUGGACUGCAUCUCCUGCUGCGAUCAGGAGCCGGAGCUGUCGGUCUUCGUCGGCUCUGGCGGGGGCGCGCCCCAGAUGAUCAUGAAGGAGGCAGGCUUCACCAACCUCUUCAAAGACCGCGAGAACUCCUGGGCGUGCGUCACUGUGGCGGACAUCAUCAAAGCCGAGCCGGACGUGAUGAUCGUCGUCGAGGCCGGCUUUGACCCAGCGCUUGACAAGAUUGGGGCUCGAGUCUUUUAG